GGGAAGAGGUAGCAGGGCUGAUGCCUCGUGCAGCUGCCCUGAACUCUCAGACAGAUAUUGUCUGGAGGCCGUCUCUGUCGGGGAAAUGUUCCCUUCGUCCCCGGCUCCACUACCCGCAGACAUGGGGGGAGUCUGAGCUCCUUUGUCGCCACCUCCCUAGCGAGUGUUGGCGGCGGCGGGUGGGGGUGGGGCGUGUGUUAGGAGGUGGUGAGGCUCAACAUGAUGGCGGCCGAGGGCGAGGAGGACGUCUCGGUUACCUCCGUCAGGAUGAUAGGAACUGUUGGCAGAGCUGAGCCGGGGCACUACCCCGCCCUAUGGAGAAGCAAGGAACUGGGGUCUCAGGGCCACUUCCUGGUGGGCUCUGGUAAAGACAGCUCGGGCGCUAGCGGUCCGGCUUUAUGCUCGGCGCUAGGACUCUUGGCGCUGGGCUCAGGGUCUGCCCCUCUGGCGUCCGGAGGUGGUGGUGCCGUGACGCCGGCUAGCCAGGGACCGGAGGUGUCCGGAGGAGCGCUGCCCGAGCCCGGCAGCGUCGUCUUUUCUCUGCUGCCGUUACAGCCGUCUUCCUUGGCGGGGGGAUUGGGAACUGUGGACGAAGGCGACUCGCUGGAUGGGCCGGAAUACGAAGAGGAGGAGGUGGCCAUCCCGCUUAACGCUCCCCCCACGAACCAGUGGUAUCAUGGAAAACUUGAGAGAGCAAUUGCUGAAGAACGUCUUUGGCAAGCAGGAAAACCUGGAACUUACCUUAUUCGAGAGAGUGAUCGGAGACCGGGUUCAUUUGUGCUUUCAUUCCUUAGUAAAACAAAUGUAAAUCAUUUCAGAAUUAUUGCCAUGUGUGGAGACUAUUACAUUGGUGGACGUCGCUUUGCUUCACUCUUGGACCUAAUCGGUUAUUACAGUCAUGUGUCUUGUUUGCUGAAGGGAGAAAAACUGUUCUUUCCAGUAGCACCUCCAGAGCCUGUGGAGGAUAGAAGGAGAGUUCGAGCAAUUCUACCAUACACCAAAGUGCCAGAAACUGAUGAAAUAAGUUUCCUUAAAGGAGAUAUGUUUAUUGUCCAUAAUGAAUUGGAAGAUGGCUGGAUGUGGGUUACGAACCUACGGACAGAUGAACAAGGUCUUAUUGUAGAUGACCUGGUAGAAGAAGUUGGAAGAGAAGAAGAUCCACAUGAAGGCAAAAUAUGGUUCCAUGGGAAGAUCUCCAAACAAGAGGCUUACAAUUUGCUGAUGACAGUUGGUCAGGUGUGCAGUUUUCUUGUGAGGCCUUCAGAUAAUACACCUGGUGAUUAUUCACUUUAUUUUCGGACCAGUGAGAAUAUUCAGCGUUUUAAAAUAUGUCCAACAUCAAACAAUCAAUUUAUGAUGGGAGGCAGAUAUUAUAAUAGUAUUGAUGAGAUCAUUGAACAUUAUAGGAAAGAACAAAUUGUUGAAGGAUAUUACCUUAAAGAUCCUGUUCCAAUGCAGCAUCAAGAACAAGUGCUUAAUAAUACGGUGGAUGGAAAAGAAAUCUACAAUACAAUUCGUCGCAAAACAAAGGAUGCUUUUUAUAAAAAUAUUGUCAAAAAAGGUUAUCUUCUAAAAAAAAGUAAGGGGAAGAGAUGGAAAAACUUGUACUUCAUAUUGGAGGGAAAUGAUGCCCAUCUUAUUUAUUUUGAAAGUGAAAAACGAGCCACAAAACCUAAAGGAUUAAUAGACCUUAGUGUGUGUUCCAUCUAUGGAGUACAUGACAGUUUAUUUGGCAGGCCAAACUGUUUUCAGAUAGUAGUUCAGCACUUCAGUGAAGAGCAUUACAUCUUUUACUUUGCAGGAGAAACUCCAGAACAAACACAGGACUGGAUGAAGGCUCUGCAGAUGUUUUGCAGUUUAAGAAAAAACAAUCCAGGGAAAUCCAAUAAACGUCUACGUCAGGUCAGCAGUCUUAUUUUGCAUGUAGAAGAAGCUCAUACACUCCCAGUAAAACAUUUUACUAAUCUGUAUUGUAACAUCUACCGGAAUACGCCAUUGGGGGGUGGGAUUACUAAUCACUCUAGGACAUUGAGAUAUAUUUAUGGAUGUUUGCAGAAGUCUGUUCAAAACAAGUGGCCAGCUAAUACCACAAUGAGAACAAGAGUUGUUAGUGGCUUUGUUUUUCUUCGACUGAUUUGUCCUGCUAUACUGAACCCAAGGAUGUUUAAUAUCAUCUCAGAUUCUCCUUCCCCUACUGCUGCAAGAACGUUGACACUGGUCGCCAAGUCUGUGCAAAAUUUAGCAAAUCUGGUUGAGUUUGGAGCUAAGGAGCCAUAUAUGGAGGGGGUAAAUCCAUUCAUCAAGAGUAACAAACACCGUAUGAUCAUGUUCUUAGAUGAACUUGGGAAUGUUCCUGAGCUUCCAGACACUACAGAACACUCUAGAACUGAUUUAUCUCGUUAUCUGGCAGCCUUGCAUGAGAUGUGUGUGGCACAUUCAGAUGAACUUCGGACACUCAGUAAUGAGCGAGGUGUAAUGCAGCAUGUUCUUAAGAAGUUGUUGGCUAUUACAGAACUGCUUCAACAAAAACAAAAUCAGUAUUUAGUGUCUAAUAACAUCAGGUAGCAACCUGAAUUCUGCAUGGAUCCAGCAUGUCUAACAUGGCAACUCACACCAGUAUCACUUUUGUUUUUUUUGCUCUUGCCAAAAAUAGCACACCCUGUCACAUCACCAGUGAUAUGUGAACUAUGCAAAGAGAAAACAAAGAUCCUGUUAGUGAAUGAUUGUACCAGCAGCUUUUUAAGCUAUCUGUGUGGAACAGUUGCACUUUUCCUCUUGGAACCAGUUCUUAUAACCUCUGAGCCUUGGUGUACAGUUUACCUUCUGCAAAGAAAAUGCUGUGACUGUCUUGAACUUGAAAAAUUACUUUCAGCACCUCUAAUUGCCAAAGCUUUUCUGUCUUGUUGGAAAAGAAUUAUUAACUGACAAGGAAAGAAAUGCAUUGUUUUGACAGCUACAUAUAAUGGGAUAACAUUUCUUACUGUAAUUUCUGACUGGUUACAAUUAUUAUGGCUUUGACCGUUUCAACCACUUGAACUUGUAUUUACAGUUUGUAGACUUUGAUGGUUAUAGUAAGAACAAUUGUUGUUGUACACUUUUUAUACCAUGCUGUUUCUCUUGCUGGAAUCUUGUUAAAAGACAAUAUGCAGAAUGAGUCUUGUCAGCUUUAUUCUUUAAUGUGCCACUGAUUCAGUCUAAAUUCUUACAUUAAGGACUAUAUACAUCCAGAUAAAUCACAAAGCUUUUGUAAAAUGUUUACAACAGUAAAUAAUUUUAAUUCAAUAAAUUUACUAUUGCAUCAGA